GCGCAGUUCGGAGCUCUACGAUAUGUAACGUCAAAAACGACAGGAAAGAUGUCGGACGACCAAAGACAAAAGCGGUGUGUGAAUUGUGACGGACAAUCGUUUGGACUUACUCAUGAACCACGCGAAGAUUUCAUACUUUCUCAGUGGAGUGAUCUGCCACUACCCUACGCUAUUCUGAGGAGUAUGUUCGCUCUCUACGCCAUUGCCAUCGUCUUCUACUCCGGACUCGACGGCGGCCACGGGGAGAAGAUUUUCAUCUGGAUGACCUACUGGGUCUACUACAUCUUCACCACCAACUUCAUCGUCGCCGCCGCCAACACGUGGACAUACUGGCUGUACGGCCGUCGUCGCAAGAAACUCGAGUGCCUGCAGAGUGCCUGGUUCUCGAGCUCCCUGAAGGUACAGUGGGUUCUCCACAACCUCUCCGGCAACGGCACCUUCAUCGCCACCGCCAUGUUCUGGACCGUCGUGUACAACGGUGAAAGUGUCAGCUUCGUAACGAUGAACGUUCACGGGAUCAGCCUAGUUCUGGUGAUCCUCGACUUCACCAUCACUCGCUGUCCAAUCAGAAUUCAUCAUUUCUAUUUGGCCGCUAUCUUCUCGAGCACGUACAGCCUCUUCACUGUGGUGUACUGGGCGGCUGGAGGCACGAACACCGUCAACGAACCCUUCAUAUAUAACGUCCUGGACUACUCCGAGAACCCACGUAUGGCCACGGCGUAUCUACUUUCCAUAACCCUCAUAGUCGUGCCAUUAAUUCAUUGUCUCAUGUACGCUAUCUAUCGACUGCGGAUAUACAUCCACCAGAAUUGUUGUUGGCCCAAAAAAGAAACAGAGCCCACGCUCGAGUGCGAAAAAAUAUCGAUUGAAUUGUGAAAGUUAUUUAUAGCUCCAAAUGUUUUAACUUAUUUUUGUCUUGUUUCAUGUGGGGUUUUUUUUUUUUUUUUUUGGGGGGGGGGGGGGGGGUGCUUCUAUCUCAUUUCGAUUUCGUUGUGUUUUUACAAUAAACCAAAGACUAUUUAUGUAUAAUCAAAACUAGCAUAUGUGUGUUUCGUUGUUAUUGUUGACUUUAAAAAAAAAAAAAAAAAUGCAGCUGGUUUAUUUGGACACACUUCUAUUACAAAGAUAACACCACCAAAUGUAGAUCAUUGGUUAACAUGACUAUCAUUUAUCAAGUAGGUAAUGGCUUUCUCAUUUUAGGAGUCACCCCAUUUGUCGCUUCCGGCGUUUGGAGCUUCACAACAUACGUACUUGCCACAGACCACACUUAAUUUCGUUAUAUGUUUCUAUAGUGGCUAUCACAUUUUUAUUAAUAUAUUUUUUAUUAAUAUCAGCAGGCCUGUGGAUAUUUGUAUGUACCUUUGCCUGCCUGGGGGACACACACACUGAAAAGGACAACCC